GUCGUAUGGACGGCGAGGAACGUGCGGGAGGAUUCGCUUUGCCUCAGAGUCCCGGUAAAAGUUAGCACCCUCGGAUGGGCCACGACGAUGUGCCCUGCCCGCUCCUUGAUCACGUGCGGCACCUCGGAUGGUAAGAUUCGCGUCUACGACGCGAACGCGCAGAGGAGGCCGCUUUUCGAGCUCCAGGUGGGCUACAAGGUGGGUGCAGGUGCUGGUGGCUGGACUGGGGUGUCUGACGACACGAAAAG